UUAGAAUGAUUUGUACGGAUGUAAUGUUGACUACGCAUAAACUCUUAUGAAGACCGGAAGCGGGUGGCAGGAGGGGUUCGUCCAAAGGCGGCGUUUUUAGGGUUAAUGUCAACGACACCAGAAUGAUGGGAAGAAGAAGAAGAACUGAACAACAGGUUGCUUCCUCGAUAACAACAAAAGGGCCUUCCUUUUUCAAGGUUUUGAUCGGUGAUUUCGCCAAUCGCUUGCAAAUUCCACCAGCUUUUGUCAAGAGUUACCCAGGAAUUAUACCAAGCAGGGGACAGAUAAUACUCUGUGAUGCUAAUGGGGGAUCAUGGCAUGUUGAUGUUUUACAAGAAGUGGAUGGCUGUUUCAUUCUCGGAACUCGAUGGAGUUCAUUUGUGCUUGAUAAUUCUCUAUUGCCCCAUGAAUUUUUAACUUUCAGAUAUACUGGGAACUCAAAAUUCCUAGUUAAAAUUUAUGGGAAAGAUGGCUGUGAGAAGAACACUCUGCCUCCUGCUUGUCAACAAGUCAACCCAGAUGAGAAAGCAGUGACUCAAGAUAAAGAAACUGGAAAUACAGCAUCUCCAACUGACCCAGAUGAUGAUGAUGUUCAAAUCCCAGAGCCAGAGAUUUCAAUAUCGGAUUCGUUCCAGUCCAGACAUCCUUUCUUCAAGGUUGUUAUGGGCAGAACUUAUGCUCAUGUCGGUCAAGUGAAUAUACCAAAUGUAUUCUUUAAGAAAUAUAUGGGUAUCAAGGCGAAAAGUGUGGUACUCCGAGUUUCAGAGAAAUCAUGGACUGUGAAUUUUGUUCCUUAUUCAAAUUCUUGUGGCAAGUUCCAUGGAGGUUGGCUAAAUUUGUCAAAGACAAUAAUCUGCAAAUUGGAGAUGAGUGUAUCUUUGAACUCGUUGAUGAUCGAAACCUUAUGUUUAAAGUCUCCAUCUUCUCAAGUUCCUGUUUAGAUACCUAGUUAUUGAUGCUUCUUGUAAAUCAAAAAUUCAUUUUUGUGUAACGAUUAUGAACAAUCGAUUUAGUUAAGUUCCUAUAUAGUUUUUAUGAUGUUUAUUUUUGGUAUAUUCCUGUUUUUCUUUCGACUUAUGUAAGUUCCUUGUGUUUAGUAAUCUAAUAUUUACUAAUCUAAUGUUGUUUAAUGGGGAAACUUCACUAGUUCAACA